GUACGUUCCAUUGUUAUACUAUUUUAAGCUUUUGUAAUUAAAGUUUUUAGGUUCGCUUCAAGAUUAGAUACCGCUUUUUUUCAGUGCAUGUUUGGUCACUUUCUUUUAACGGGUGCUAUUUGUGCCUGCCUGGAAAAGCAAAUUCUCGAUAAAAUUAAUGUUAUUGGAGCUGUUUUUCACGUUUUGGGAUGGAUUAUGGCUUUGUUUGUGGCCUGUGUUGGAGGACAAGAUUUUCUUGAUGCUAGUGAAAUUAUUCCAAACGCUUUAUGGAAUUCUAAAUGGUAUCAAGCCGAUAUACGUUUAAAAAAAGAUGUUAUAUUUAUGCUGAUGCGUUCACAAAGAGCGUUGCAGAUUAGAGCUGGUCCAUUCGGCGUUCUUUCUUUUCCACUUUUUUUAGCGGUAAUAAAAACGUCCUAUUCAAUUCUUUGCAUGUUAUCGUCAUAAAUUUUCCUCAUAUUUGUAUUUCAGC